AUGGAUACCACAAGCAGGCUGCCAGUAUAUCAGCGAGACAGCCUGGCCCUGCGAGCUGCCACCAAAGACGAUCUGGAUAGCAUUGUGCAAAUCGUUCACGCCGGGUUUCCUGAUGAUCCUGAAGUCCACUAUCGCUUUCCCCGCCGUGAUGAGUUCCCAGAAGACUACCUCAAAUGGACACGUAUGGAGUAUGAAGGUUAUAUAGAGCAGGUUAAGAACUUUGUGGUUCAUCUGGUCGAGGCUCGAAGUGGCGACUCUGUAGGCGACGGCGGUCGAAACCCAGUCGCUAUUGCCGUGUGGGAUGCUGCUGUUCUGACCAAAGCACAUGGCACAGAUAAAGGUCUUGACGAAAGAAGAGAUGCCAACAAAGAACACUGCCGGGCCUUUACAGAAGCUGCCGGAGAAAGUUUUCGAAAGUACUUUGCAAAGUAUGAAGAGAAGCAAAUUCACCUUUGGCUACUUGUCACCCAUCCAGACUAUCGACCGCUCGGAGCAGGUGCAAUGCUGACGGAGUGGGGACUAUACGCUGCCAGAGAAAGAGGUUGA